AUGAGAAUUUAUGGGUUGGUGGGUUGCAGGUAUGGGAAGGUGUUCAGGUCCAAUAUCCUGGGAAGGCCAAUAAUAAUGUCCACAGAUCCUGAGGUGAACAAGAUAGUGUUGCAGGAUGAUGGCAGAACCUUCGUUCCCUCCUACCCCAGGACUGUCGUCGAGGUGAUGGGCGAAACUUCCAUCCUGUCAAUGACCGGGGACGAGCACAAGAAGUACCAUGGCUUCGUGGCCAAGUUCCUCAAGGCAGUUCCUCUCAUGGAGAGCGUUGCCAAGGAGAUCGAGCAAUCUAUGGAGCUCGCUUCCCGCAGAUGGAAGGACAAGCCGCAGAUCUACUUCCAAGAUGAGAUCAACCAGAUUACGUUUGAAAUAUUGGUCAGAAUGUUACUAGGAAUUGAACCGGGGAGAGAAAUGGAUCUUAUAAGGACAGAAUUUUACGAACUUAUCAAGGCCAUUAUAUGUAUCCCUGUCAAAUUCCCUGGAACAACACUGUACAAGUCAGUGAAGUCCAAGGAGAAAAUGGUGGAGCUGAUAAAAGAGAUCAUACGAUAUAAGGUGGAGAAAGGUGAACAUCGAGCACUGUCAAGUUUCGUUGAUGUUCUGAUUGAUGAAUUCCAUGAUGCAUCUGAUCAAAAAACAAUUGAGUUCAUAUGCGGAGCCAUCAUAGAGAUGAUGAUACCUGGGCAGGACUCUGUGCCUAUGACUACGACUCUUGCGAUAAAGUAUUUGACUGAUAACCCUGCUGCGAUAAAGCAACUACGGGAGGAGAACAUGGAACUAAAGAGGAAAAAAAUCCAAUCUGGUGAACCCUAUACUUGGUCUGAGUACACAUCAUUGCCUUUUACUCUAAAUGUGAUCAAUGAGACUCUUAGGAUGGCAAACAUUGUCAAUGCUGUUUGGAGAAGGUGUCUCAAGGAUGUUGAAAUCAAAGGUUAUCUAAUUCCCAAAGGGUGGUGUAUUAUGACAUCUUUCUCUUAUGUUCACAUGGAUGAAGAAAUUUAUGAGGAUCCAUUUAAAUUCAAUCCAUGGAGAUGGGAGGGUAAAGGACAACUCAACCAGAAUAAUUUUACUCCAUUUGGUGGUGGACAGAGGCUUUGUCCUGGUUACCAUCUGGCCAAAAUGGAAAUUGCAGUCAUUCUCCAUCACUUCAUUACUAGUUUCAGUUGGGUGGAGGCUGAACCUGACACUGUCACCACUUUUCCAAGAGUCAGGAUGAAGAAGAAAUUCCCUGUCAUAGUGUCACCAAUUUCUGAUUAGAUCUCUACUUCAUAGACUCUCCUCAUCUUGUUCCCCUUGAUAAUUGUUCCUGGGUAAUAAUUGCAACAUAUUUAUUGUCACUGUAUGUGCAAAAGAACAAUUUUAGUCACUAAUUAAUAUUUUGUCUACAGAGUAAAAAUAA